CACACACAUGCACAAUCACCUGUUGCUGUCUGUGUUUGUGUGUGUGUGUGUGAGUGUAAUGUUGUGAUUCUGUGUUGUGAACCGAGUUUCAACAAAAAAAAUAAUGGCUUCAAAAUAUGUAUUGGUGUUUUGGACCAAGUCGAAAAAGAUAAACAUUGUACUAGAAGGGUCGUUUGUUAAGUCUUUUGAUGAUAAUGGAGAUGAAAUACCUCUUAGUGAAGGAACUUUUCGAAUGGUUUCUAUUGGAGGCAAGGAACAUGAAGCCAAAAUUCUUAGAAUCUGUUCCUCCAAGAAGCACCUAGAGUCACUCCUGGUAACCAAAGAAGGAGAAAUACUUAUGUUUGGGUCUAAGCCACCACCUCUUGACUUGCUGGCUCAGAAGAGUAAAUUGGUUGAUGAAGGCGCCGAGGAUCAGAAGCCAGAUAAGGACAUUUCGAAACCCAAGAAAGCUAGUGAAGAUCUGUUUUCUCAGACACGUCUCACCUUAGAAGAGGCGUCUAAAUGUAAUCAUGGAUGUGUGUCUUGCUGCGGUGGAACUUUGCCACCAUUCCCUAAACUUCCAGAUGGGUUUAUCACUGCUCUAGUGUCUUUGGCAGAAUAUUUUCAGCAAUUCCAGAGAGCUACAGAAAACACUGUAGUUCCUGAUUCUGUUAAAAAGACAAACAUGGGCAAGAAUUUGAACUCAUGGCAGUGGGCCUCUCGGGAAAAGAUUGAGCUGAGGAAAGGCUCUGGUGUCUGGGUAGAUGCCAUCAAACUUGAAAAGAUUAUUGGACAAGCAGAAAUUACUAAAAAGCCUCCACAUCAAACACUAGUAAAAAGUUUAUUAACUCAUCUCCUUGGAAUUGAAAGAUACAUUGAAACCUCUGCUGAGAAAAUCAAUCGCCGUCUGCUGUCUGCAGUAGUUGGUUACACGAAUGACAAAUACCCAGACUUAGCUCAACCCAUUGAGCGCUAUUACAGAUGCAUCAAUUUAAAUCGAGGGUACCUGCAGAAGAGGAAAAAUGAAGGUGUUUUCGAAAACAUUUAUGAUACUGAAUAUGAUGGAACUGGAAGAGUGCGGAGGUCAGACCCUGGACGCAGCUCACGCAGAAAUUUUACAGAGGAGUCAAGUGAUACUCGCUCAAAGCGACCUAGAAGAACUUCUGGUCGGGCUGCGCAGCCUUCUACUGACACCGAAAUGUCCCUCGAUCAGUUUGACUCGUAUAGUAACCUCGAUGGUCCAGAUCAACUUAUGAUCCCCCUUGACUGUGAGGAUGGCGAAGAUAUCCCUAUUGUAUCUAGUAAUGAUAUUAACAAAAUAAUUGUUGUGCAAAACGGCAAUGACAUUACCUUACCUCAAACAAAUAGUGCUUCCAGCUACAGCAAAGGUUCCUCCUACCUUCCACCCGAAAUGUUAGAAAACACUGAUUUUGAUAUAACUUUCGAAGAUGUCAACCCAAAUCGGUCAAACGUUAAACUUGAGGAGGAUAGUGAUUAUAUUGAGGGUGCAUUGGAUUUUCCUCUAUAAAAACAAGAACAAACUUUUCCAAUGAAAUUGUUGAGUGUCUCUUAUCUUGUCAAACUUAAACAAUAAACUGAGUAUUUUAUUGAUCCAGUUUAAAUAAAUACGUACAUUUAAAACUUA